AGUUUCCUGGCCUUGUGAACUGCUUUUCUGGGUUAGUGCUGUGGGGCUCCCGGCCCAUGGUCUGAGCCUGCUGGGCUGAGGACCACUGUGCUGUUCCCAUCCCCUGGGUGACCCUCCAAGUGGCUACACCGGGAGCUGGUCCCCACCUGCCCCUGCAAAGCCCCAGCCCACGUCCUGGAUGGUGGGGCCACCUCCACACUCAAGCUUUGCCCGUCCAUCUGUGCCAGGCCCGGGAGCCAGGGUGGGCCAGGGAGCACUGUGGGAGCCUUGCAGAGCAGCUGCUUGGGACCCCAGGACCCACAGCGGGGUCAGGGAUGGCAGCUGGGGAAGAUCAAGACCUAGGGGAGAGCUGGGCGAGGUGACUCCUGCCUGUAAUGCCAGGACCUUGGGAGCCUUGGUGGGAGGGUCACUUGAAGCUGGGAGUUCGAGGCUGCAGUGAGCUGUGACUGGACCACUGCACUCCAGCCUGGGCAACACAGCAAGACCCUGUCUCAAAAGAACAACAGCAACGAAAGAGCUGGGGGAUGAACCAGAGCUGGCCAGGCGGAAAUAGGCCCUGGCCCAAGCCCAGUUGGGGCUCUGGGGAGCAGAACUGGGGUCGGCUCCCAGGCCUCAGGGUCCGCUGCAUCUUCCUGGCCUGGCUGGGUGUCUUUGCGGGCAGCUGGCUGGUGUACGUGCACUACUCGUCCUACUCGGAGCGCUGUCGUGGCCAUGUCUGCCAGGUGGUCAUUUGUGACCAGUACCGCAAGGGGAUCAUCUCGGGCUCCGUCUGCCAGGACCUGUGUGAGCUGCAUAUGGUGGAGUGGAGGACCUGCCUUUCGGUGGCCGCGGGCCAACAGGUGUACAGCGGGCUCUGGCGGGACAAGGAUGUAACCAUCAAGUGUGGCAUUGAGGAGACCCUGGACUCCAAGGCCCGGUCGGAUGUGGCCCCCCGGCGGGAGCUGGUACUGUUUGACAAGCCCACCCGGGGCACCUCCAUCAAGGAAUUCCGGGAGAUGACCCUCAGCUUCCUCAAGGCGAACCUGGGAGACCUGCCUUCCCUGCCGGCGCUGGUUGGCCAGGUCCUGCUCAUGGCUGACUUCAACAAGGACAACCGUGUGUCCUUGGCGGAAGCCAAGUCCGUGUGGGCCCUGCUGCAGCGUAACGAGUUCCUGCUGCUGCUGUCCCUGCAGGAGAAGGAGCACGCCUCCAGACUGCUGGGCUACUGCGGGGACCUCUACCUCACCGAGGGCGUGCCGCAUGGCGCCUGGCACGCGGCCGCCCUUCCACCCCUGUUGCGCCCACUGCUGCCGCCUGCCCUGCAGGGUGCUCUCCAGCAGUGGCUGGGGCCCGCGUGGCCUUGGCGGGCCAAGAUUGCCAUCGGCCUGCUGGAGUUCGUGGAGGAGCUCUUCCACGGCUCUUAUGGGACUUUCUACAUGUGUGAGACCACACUGGCCAACGUGGGCUACACAGCCACCUACGACUUCAAGAUGGCCGACCUGCAGCAGGUGGCACCCGAGGCCACCGUGCGCCGCUUCCUGCAGGGCCGCCGCUGCGAACACAGCGCCGACUGCACCUAUGGGCGCGACUGCAGGGCCCCAUGUGACAGGCUGAUGAGGCAGUGCAAGGGCGACCUCAUCCAGCCCAACCUGGCCAAGGUGUGCGCGCUGCUACGGGGCUACCUGCUGCCUGGCGCGCCCGCCGACCUCCGCGAGGAGCUGGGCACACAGCUGCGCACCUGCACCACGCUGAGUGGGCUGGCCAGCCAGGUAGAGGCCCAUCACUCGCUGGUGCUCAGCCACCUCAAGACUCUGCUCUGGAAGAAGAUCUCCAACACCAAGUACUCUUGAUGCGGCAGCGAGGGGCCUGGCCACCCUUCCUGGAGCUGGCCAGGUGCCAGGGUCCAGCCCUCCCUCAAGGAAUCCCGUCAGAAGAUGUGAAAUGCAACUCUGUUGCAAAAUCACUCCCCUAUGGUCAGGGCUCUGGAUUCCAACACCACAGACAUGAGACCCCAGCUCAGAGCAAAGGCGGACGUGGACAUCCCGGCAGGAGGGCCCUCCAAGGGGGUUUGUUACUCUGAAGAAUGUAAUGUCAAUAAACAGCUUUUAUGUAA